AUGCCACCUCGUAUGAGACGCCGUAUCACUACGGCUAAACGAGAAGAAAUAGAGGCAGAGCAGAGGCUAUUGGACAAACAGAUCGUUCGUCCCUUCGAAACAGUUGAAGGUCUACCGAUAUCUUACAACAAACCACCACACGGUCAUUAUGAGGAUGUUUUGAAAAAUCCCCUCACUUUGAAGGAUUCUGCUGUGUUAUAUAACUCGCUUAUUAGAUCGAGAAACACGUACGUGUUCCAUGCGCCUAUGUUCAAACUAUAUUGGGUGAAACAAACCGCCUAUGCGAAGAAGUUGGCAGAAUUGGAGAAAGGACCACAACCUGCAAAAGAAAGAGAAACGAGGCGUCGAUUCGCCAAAGCCACUAGUAAUUCACUUGAGGCAAAAACCAGGACGCCCAUUUUAAGUGGGGACGUGAAUGCAAGAGAUGUCAUGUCCAAGUUGUCCGAGGCCACUUUGUCCUUGGGACCUCACUCAAUGGAGAUCCGUAUAUUUAUUGCUAAGGACGCCCGUUCUGAAAAAUCAAAGGCCCUUUCUGAAAUAUCCCAAGUAUCAGACGGCUCUGACUUACUUAUGAGAAAAGAAGCCCUAGGACCGCCUCCAGGACCCAUGCCUCAACCUAUAUAUGGUCAGCCGCCAAUGACUGCUCCACCUCCUCCCGGUCCUCUCCCGGGAGCUCCUCCUACUGCAGUACCAGCGCCCAUGCCCACUCCUCCAACGCAACCCAGUCGCACAGAUGAGCCUCCUGUGACAAGCGAGCCUCCCAAGAAGGAUGAUAAUACAGAGAAACAUGCCAAUGAUCAAAAUCUGAAACCAAAAGACACGGAGGAGGAAAAGAAGAACGUCGAGGAAGAAGCUAGUGAAAAGACUGACGAAACCAAAAACAACGUCAAAGAGAAGGGUUCUCCCCAGAAGCGGACAAAAGGACCGGCAAGGGGUAAAGCGAAGGCUGCAAAUGUCGAAGCGAAGCUGUCGAAAAAGGAUUCAAAGGAUGCAGAGACUAAAGAAAAGAACUCUGAGGAAGAAAAGAAUAAUGAAUCGAAAUCUUCAGAUGACAAUGAAGAUUCGAAGAAACUGCCUGAGAAGAGCACUCCUUCAACAAAUCAGAAACCGCCUCCUGCUUCAUCCACGUCAUCAGCCAGUCCUGCCCCCGCUCCCAACUCACAACCUAGUACUUCAACUCCUCCUUCCGGAGUUGCAACCGGUGGCUUCCCUCGUCCACCUCCACCUCGUGCCGUGGACAUGACGACAGUUGAUAAUGCAAUCAUGAUAUCCAAUCUUAACGCGAUUGCGAAGAUUGAACUUUCACUUAAUGAUCUUAUGAAAGUUGUUGCUAAGGGUACGGCAUCCGAGGAUCAAAUAAACUUGUUCAAGACAUACAUCGAGAAGGCGAAGCAAAUGGGACCACAACCACAUCAUGCUGAACUUUACUUGGUAAGAGGUUUACCACUUCCACCUAACUUUCCACGACCAUAUCCUCCCAAGCAAUAUGCUAUUCCACGCCCUCCCAAACCAAGAUUCAACAACCCGUUGAAGCUUACAGCCUUCCAGGAGAAAUAUUUACACAACGCCACACUCGUUUUUGAGUUUCUUGAGAAUCCAAACGUUAGAUACGUGAUCCCAAGGGAUUCCAUUUGCGAAAUUCUCCCACCUGCUAAUCCCAUCACGUUAGAGGAUGGCUCUGGUGUGAGGGAUGUGCUUAUAAGUAAUAUUUGGAUACACAACAUUGAAGAUGUUGAGAACUAUGAAAAGAAGCUUGCCGAGUAUAAUGAGGAGGUACGUGCUAAGGAGGAAGAGGAGAGAAAAAAGCGGGAAGAGGAAGAGAAGGCGCAGAAACAAGAAGACGAAGGUGAGAAGAAAGACGAUGAGUCUCAAACCACAGAGACAAUUAAGGAAGAACCAGAAGAAUUGCCCGCACGAUCAUCAAGGAGUGGAAGGAGCAAGAGGGCCCCUCCCCCAAGGAGGAAAAAGCCUUUGGAGAAGCCUGAAGAGCCACCGGUUCGCUUCACGACUUACUCGUUCACUCUACAUGGCAUUCCUGAAAAGUUUGUUCCAAUUGUGGUCAAUAGUAUGAGACCCAUGAAACUCGUGCAAGAAAAAAUGGAGAAGAUUCUCAAGAUUGGAACGCGUGUCAGCUCAUUUCAUCUUUGGUACCAGGUUGAUGCCAAGUUAGAUGAGGGAGUUGCAGAGGACUUGAGACAAAGUGUCAUUCUGGAAGAGAAAAAGAUGACUGGAGUGAUGCCCCAAAGCAUUGAGCGGGAGCAGCCAAAGAAACGUAAAAGGGAAUUCAAAAACCCAAGGCCCAAGAAGCCUAAGGAUGAGUCGCCCUCUGGUAUGCCACCCCCACAGUUCGCAGGUGGCAGUGUUCCUUCUUCUGUAUCUUCCACUGGCAUCUCAAACUCAGCGCCAAUACCGGCUGAGAAACCAUUUACAGCAUAA